GGGUCGGUGAAUGGUGUGGUUCAAAUCGAUGCACGAUGAGCCGAAAGUGACAAGCGAGUUGAGCCUACAAGUUUUACUUUCCCAUAUUUGAUAUUAGCAGAGAGUCUGUGUAUUGGUUUUACCAAAUAAUAGGCCUAUUGGUCCAAAUGUAGGGCCUUUAUUUGAAGUUGGCUACUCGCUAAACAAGCAACGGAAGAAGGAAGUUGUGUUCAGUGGUUACGGUGCCACGUUUGAGAAAUAACUACUCUGAAAUUCACCUCAAAGGUAAAGAAAAAAAAGAAUGAUGAAAACAAAAACAACCAGACUUUACCAGUCAAUGAUAUGUCACAAGAAAAUAAACUAAAUGAGGAGGCAAAGUCUGCAUUCAACUACAGAGAGAGUCAAGAUUUGCUUGAGACAGUUGCCAUGAAUAGAAAAGUAAGCCAAGAAAGUUCAGGACUGUAUAAAGAAGCCAAAAGUGUACAGGCCAAGACUCCAGCCAGUUUAAAGUACAUCAGUCUGGUUUUAUUGACCUUACAAAAUGCAUUGCUUAUACUUGUUAUGCGUUAUGUGCGAACACGAGAUGGUGAAAUGUUUGUGGCAACGACUGCUGUCAUUAUGUCUGAGGCUUUCAAGUUUGUUGCUUGUUUAUUCAUAAUUUUAAUUCAGACUGGUGGUAUUAAACCAUGGUUAAAACUUCUUUAUGAGGACAUCAUCCUAGAGCCAAUGGAUUGUGUCAAAGUUUCCAUACCAUCACUUAUCUAUGUAUUACAGAACAACUUGCUCUAUGUAGCUGUCUCAAAUCUAGAUGCUGCUACAUUUCAGGUAACUUAUCAAUUGAAAAUCCUGACCACUGCCAUUUUCUCUGUUGUGAUGCUGAAGAAAGUGUUAAGUAAACUCCAAUGGGUUUCAUUAGUUAUUUUGUUUGUUGGUGUAGCCAUUGUACAGAUGCAGCCAGAUGGAAAUCAGAAAUCCAAAGUGGCCACAGAACAAAAUCCUGUUAUGGGACUUGUAGCUGUAAUCAUUUCCUGUUUUAUGUCUGGAUUUGCUGGUGUUUAUUUUGAAAAGAUUCUUAAAGGGACUCGCCAGUCAGUUUGGCUUCGAAAUGUCCAAUUAGGGGUAUUGGGAGUAUUGAUAGGUUUGAUUACCAUGUAUUUAAAAGAUGGAGAUAAAGUUUCUAAAAAUGGUUUUUUCAAUGGUUAUGAUCCCAUUGUCUGGUUUGUAGUUUGUCUGCAAUCAUUUGGUGGACUUUUGGUUGCAGUGGUUGUCAAAUAUGCAGACAACAUCUUGAAAGGAUUUGCAACAUCAGCUGCAAUUAUUUGUUCAUGUGUAGCCUCCUUGUAUUUCUUUGACUUUCAACUUUCAUUGGAAUUUACAUUUGGUGCAGGACUGGUAAUAGCUGCAGUGUACAUCUAUAGCAAGUAUGAAGUUGGGACAUCACCUGUCUUACCGACAGCAUCAAGUAGGAAACUAUAGAGUCUAUCACAUGGUUCAAUUGAAUAUUAAAAGAUAGUAGGUUGUAAAAUUUCAGAAGAGUAUAGUUCAAUUAAGAUGUGUCUCAAUACUAAAGCUUCCAACAUAUUUGGUUGUAAUAAUAACAUCCUUUAAGACUUCAUGUUUGAAUAGCUCACAGAUAUACUGUAAUUCAUAAGAAAAACAAGAUACAAGUUGAUGGAAUUUACUCUCAAUAUAAUGAAACUUGCAAUGAUUAAUAUCUCCCAGUAAACUAAUCUAAAUGAAACUUAACAUAAGUAGUUUAACUUUUUUAUUAUUAUUAUUUAGCUUUUACUAUUAACUUAUUAAAAUACAUUGAAGAAUUUUGUUUUAUUUCUAAUGUAUUUUCUUCAAAUAAAAAAAAAAUGAAUGUAUAGAAAAUUGAAAAUGUUGAAUUGAUUGAAUAGUGAAACAAUGCUAAAUGAUUUAAAGAGAUAAGCAUUGAUAACUUUAAAAGUUAUAGAUCAGAAGACAACCAUUAUUGAUCUUUAAAGUCAUUUGUGAAACUUAAAAAACUAACUUGACAAAACUAUAUCUAUAGCAUUUUAGAUACAUUUUGAACCUGUGGUUAUUUCAAAUUUUAUCAUUUGAUAUUCAAUGAAUAAGAAUUGAACAGUAUAAUAAUUUGAAAUGACCACAUCUAAUGUUUUGUUAUUAUUAUCACUUACACUAAUGACACAAAUAAUGUUUAUGAUUACUUUAUUAAGUUGUUUGUGUGAUAGCUUUGACUUAUUGAGUAGUGGUACUUAAUCCUUUCUGUGCAUUAUUGUAGAUAUUAUAAAUUAGACUAUAUUUUAAACUGAAUUUCACAGUAGAUCAAAUUUUUGUUUUUAUCUGUGUACAUGACAUUUGUGUACCAAUGAAACUGUAGAUACUAAUUUAAUUUUUUUUUUACAUUCGUGCUUCUCUGAUCUUGUUGUCACUGUAUAUUAUUUGAUCCAGAAACGUUCAAACAUUAAAAAAAAAAAUUAUAUUUAAAAAAAAAUAAAUAAAUACACUUUUAACUCAGCUUAGUAUAAUUCACUUACAUUGGAAACUUUACCAUGCAGGGUACUGGUAAGCUAGCUUAUGCCAAUAUAAAAUGUAGUGUUGUAGGCUGCAGAUAUGUUUGUAGCAACCGAAAUAAACUAAAUACAAUUUUAACAUUUGCAAGACUAAUUAAAACAGUGUAACACAAUCAUAGUUUCUUCAAAGUUAAAGCAUUUGCUGUGAGUAAUUUUUUUAUGGAAGAUCAAAAAUCUUAUAUUUUAUUUGUCAGACACAUGCUUUUAAGAUUUAUUUCUUUUAAAAACAUAAACAAAUCAGGUAGAAAUUGAAUAAAUUUUAUCUCAAUAUAAAUUAAGACAAAUCAGGUUUAAAUAAUAAACAAUAACUCACUGGUACACUCAUUUUUUUCCUUAUCAUCUUACAAAUGUGUUUUAAAUGGGUCUGAUAACAAGACAUUGGUUUUUGUUUCUGCAUGUACAUAAGAGCCAAUGUGAUGUUUUUACUAUCAUUACUGUCAAUGUGAUCCGACUUUGCUUCUGCAGUAUUGCUUACAACAUGUAUAUUUUAUUUUUCAUUCAUUUUUUCUUUGUGGUUGAAACUAUUUUAAUAAUGUUACAAAGUCUUGGUUACUUACAUUUUAUGAACAUUUGUUUGCAUUUUGCAUCAGCCUAAUGUAAAAGUUUGUGAUGAAUUAACAUGUCAGGUGAACUAUAUUUUGUUUGUAGUAUUCAACUGAAAGCCCAUUAUCUAUCAUAAUGUAGAGCAUUUUAGGGUUUUAAGGAAAACUUUAAAAUAACCUGAACUUGAAUUAAGCCCAUGCUAUGAGGUUUGACAUUGUAUGGUGACAUUGUGAUGCUCAACCCUUUUAAAAAUGAUUUUUAUUUAAAUUAAAAAAAAAUGUGUUGAAAAGUUUAAAUAUAAUGUGCUGUUUUUUUUAUUUGAAGUGUGUGAAUUACUGUGCCUGUUAUUUUUUAAAUAAAUACAUUAGAUCUGAGUUUAAUAAUAUUUUUUGUUAUAGAAAAUCAACAAUUUGAGUUCUUAUAUAAUUUGAAUGUCAAGUUUAUCUUCAAACAUUGAAAACUUUCAAUCCAAUAAGACUGACAUUUCUUUUUUAAUACAGAAUUCAAUCAAUAUUUGAACCAUUCAGUAAGACUAAUGUUGAUAUGUUUUCUCAACUGUCUAGCCUGGAUCUGUGUAAACUGGAUCCCUUACUCUUUUGUUUGAAAUUUUAUGGACCCAGCAUCAACAUUUCAAUUGACUUUUAUCAUUAAAGAAAUCUUUUUUUAAACCAUUGCAACUCUAAAGGGGUUGUUCGUAAAUGACGGCACACAAAAUUGACCUUUUUUGACUCUCCCCUUGUCAUAAAGUAUCACAAAUUCUGAGGACCCCCCCCCCCCUCCCCUGACAAAAUAAAAAAAAAUUAUUUAUUUCAAAUUAUUUGAAGCAAAAUGAGCAGAAUAAUUCAAAUCUGAAAAAUUCGUUAUAGAAAAUAUAGCAAGAAAUAAUUGAAAGUUCAUGCGGAUGUUUCACUCGUUAACAUCUGUGUGUUGAUGAAUUAAAGUCCUUUAGGCGAUGUCACAGCUGAUCUUUCAAUAAAUAAACUGAAUUUAACUUUUUUUCUCCAUUUGAUGUUAUUUUCAGGUUAGAGAUUUGAAUUUUCAAAAAACACCUUGACAUUGUUAUUUUUCCGGAUAUUUAAAAUUAGUAUUUUUUAGAAGAACAACCUGACAAUUCACGGUCGGCAGUGCCAACAUGAUGUUUUCAGUUGAACUCCUCAAACAAGGCUGAAAUAUCUCUAUAUUUUCAAUGCUUUUUAUUUGAGAAUAAAACUACCUGAGAAGUUCAUGUUGAAAUGAGUACCUAAAAAAUGUUAUUAUUUUUCGAUUUUUGAAGAUUGAAAAAAUAUUUUAAUUAUGUUUUUUUUCUGAAUUUUAAAUUUGUGACGUCACAAAAUCGCUACCCCUCUCCCUUAGAGCGUGACGUCAUUUACGAACGACCCCAAACAUUGUCACUUAAUUUAGACACUUGUAAAAAAAAUUCAAACAUCUAUCUUCUAUUCUUAAACAGAGAUGGGAGAAGGGGGGAAAUCAUGUACAGUAGUUAGUUUGAAUAUAUUAAGACUUUAAUGAUCUUAUUGGGAAAUUUGUUGUGAUUACAAUUAAAAAAGAAAAUAGUAAACUUUUCUUUAGUAAAAAGGAUAAUUUUCUUGAAAAUGGAUUUUGUUUAAAUGCCCCAUAUCAAUAUUCUGAACACUUCCAAGUCAUUUUUUGCUCACAUUUCAGAGCUAUGCAUUCAAAUAAACAAAAUGUUGACUGAACUAUAGUAAAAUGUGCCAACAAGGUCACAUCAGUUUUAGGAAGAAAUAUAGAAAUAAAAAAUGAAAGUCAUACACUUUUUUUUUUACAUUUGAUACUGGUUUCAGUAUUUUUUUCUUCAAGAUUUUUGUUGUUUGAAAUCAUUUGUUUUUUUGUGCAUAUUUCUUAUGUGUGAAUAAAUAUUUGAUGUGAGAAUAGAAAUAACUUAAGGCUGUAAGAAAGGUCUCUACUUGUAUCAAUAGUUUAGAAACUUCCAUUGGCUGCGUGCAACACAUAUGUUUUUCAUUGAUUGAAUGUUUCUGCUCUGAAAAAUCUGUGAAGACAACUUGGUUGUCCUUAUAAAUUAUUUGAGACAUUGUAGAACUUAUAUUUAUGUAUUAUUAAAGUAUUAAUUUAAUCAAUUGUUGACAUUUGUUCAAAGUUAAAAAUAAUAAAGAUACUAAAUGUGGGAUUUACACUGCUAUUCUUUAUUUGCUUUGUGACUCUACAUGUCCUUUAAUUUUCACUAAUUUCUCUUUAAUUCUUAAAUUUUAUGUCCAUAACACCCUGGCUUAUGUAAAUUUAUAUUGUUAAUGUUUAUCAAAUUUUAUCCUAUAUAUCAUAGGUAGUAUACAAUCAAGGACAUGCAAUGUCAAGUUUGUUGAUUUGACUCACUCCAUACCUUGUAUUUGUUUAGAUAGGCUCUGAUUUUUCUGAGCCACAAAUUUUCAAUAUUUCUAGUUUCUGGUAACUUUUCAGACACAAAUAACAACAAUGAAAUUAUCACCAUAUUGAAAUAUUUAAUAAUUGUUUAUACAUUAUUGUUUAUACAUACUAUGUUUUGCUUGUUGACCUGGUUCAAUAAUGAAAGAUGGGGGAAAUUUACUUAUAUUAACUUAAGGCACUGUGGGUUCUAACAUUAAAAGGAAAUUUGUUCA